GGUGGGAGGUUUUUGGCCGUAAACUGUCAGAUGGGACGCUGCAGCCUGAGAGCCCGGUGUUGUUCCUGCGCAGAGAGCGGACCGGACUGCGAGCAGCUCAGCCGGGAGAGAGGCCAUGUCCACUGGAGCGAGAUCAUGACUUUACUCAAUGAGUCAGAAGAGACCUCCCCUCUCUCCUUCCCUCUGUCCUCCUCGGAGCAGAAUUUCUCUGUCUUUGUCACCCAUGACCCCUCACACUCCCCCAUGUCCUUCCCCACCUCCCCCUCCUCGCUGACCUCCCCCGACUGCACCAGCUCUCCUUCAGCCUCCUCCCCUCCGUACAACUUUUACGCGGUGCUGCUGGUGCUGCUGAUCUUCUGCGUGGUGUUCGGUAACGUGCUGGUGUGCGUGGCGGUCUCUCGGGAGCGCGCUCUGCAGACCACCACCAACUACCUCAUUGUCUCCCUGGCUGUGUCCGACCUGCUGCUUGCCACGCUGGUCAUGCCCUGGGGCGUCUACCUGGAGGUGGUGGGAGAGUGGCGCUUCAGCCUCAUCCACUGUGACAUCCUGCUCACCCUGGACGUCAUGAUGUGCACUGCCAGUAUCCUGAACCUCUGUGCCAUCAGCAUCGACAGAUACACAGCGGUGGCCAUGCCGAUGCUCUACAACACCAGAUACAGCUCCCGGAGGAGGGUGGCGGUGAUGAUUGCUGUGGUGUGGUUCCUGUCUUUUGCCAUCUCCUGCCCUUUACUGUUUGGACUCAACAACACUGCCAGCCGGGAAGGCACCACGUGCAGCUUUGCCGACCCGGCCUUCGUGGUGUACUCGUCUGUCGCCUCCUUCUACGUUCCCUUCAUCGUAACGCUGCUGGUGUAUGCGCAGAUCUGCGUGGUGCUGCGCAAACGAGGCAGACGCACCGCCCCACCGCGCAGACACGGCCUGAACGCACCAGGCGGGGCCGAGGCGGGAGAGGGUCAUCGACACAGAAAGAAUAAGUGCACACAACCAGAAGAUGUGAAGUUAUGCACCCUGAUCCUGAGACCCGCCACUGCAGCCCCACAGCGCAAGAAAGUGACCCUGGUGAAGGAGGCGGUGGUUCAUCCCCUCGAAGCGGAGCCGGGUCAGUUCCUGCCGCAGACCGAGCCGAGUCUGGCUCCCCCCCCAGCUCCCCAGACCUCCUCCCACUCGGCACGGGCGAGGAUCUCCCUGUCCAUCUCAGUCGGACCCGCCCCGGUUCUUCCUUCAACCGUGACGCGAUCGGCCCUGACGCCUCGCCCCCCCACCCUCGAGGACGGCAUGAGGGGAAGUGAGGGAUGGAGGGAGCGCAGCGGAGCCAGGGAGAAAUGGGGGAUCACCAAGGAGAGGGCGAGAGGGAGGCUGUCACAGCAGAAGGAGCGGAAGGCGACACAGAUGCUCGCUAUUGUGCUCGGUGUGUUCAUCAUCUGCUGGCUGCCUUUCUUCCUGACACACGUGCUGAAGGCCCACUGCAGGAGCUGCUGCAUCUCGCCCUCACUGUACAGCGCCGUCACCUGGCUGGGGUACCUCAACAGUGCCGUCAACCCCAUCAUCUACACCACUUUCAACAUUGAGUUUCGCAAAGCCUUCAUCAAGAUCCUGCACUGCUGAGAGACGCAGUGUUGAAAAGUUUCAAGAAAAGAAAAAAAAAGGCCUGACAUUGGUUUGAGAUCUGAGGAGAAAGUGAGUAGAAGAGGAGGUAAAGAUCAAGAAUAAGACCAAGUUUUUAUGCACAGGAAGAGGGGGAUCACACAGUAGACUGGACGACUGAUGACUGAAAGCGAUAUAAGUUUUCCAGAAAAUGAAACCGGCAGGUAGGACAAAACCGGGGAAAGACACGAAGAAACAAACGACUAGACGAUCACAAAAAGGAAUGUGCGACAAGUAAAAAACAGCUAGAAGAAACCCAAACAAGCUGGACACAUUCAAUGAAAAGAAGACAUGCACUGUGCUGUGUACAUAUACUCUGUAAAGGGAAUAUGUGAGAACUGAGGAUCUGGCAACAGGAACCCGACUGUUGACUGUCUGAGACGUGACUGCUUUACUGGAACGCUUGUUUCACAUCAGACUCUGGCUGUUGUGUUUUCUUAUAAUCCCGACAAACGGCGGCUUGUUAAUUGUUUGCAUGUGCUCAGCUCUCUCAAAGGUCUGGAAUAAGUCAUAUCAGAGAAAAAAAUCUUUGACACAAGAGUCCAGCACAAAACUUUUUUUUUUUUUACUUUGUGAAAACCCACUGAAGUUACAUCAAGGCAGAAUUAUUGAUUUGGUGACUGAGCGCAAAUUCGAAA